AUGCACUAUGUUCAUCAUAUGCAAUCACUGAGCAUCCAUCAUGCCAUUGAGGCCCUGUUGACUUAUAUCACCACGAGGUUGGUGGUCGGAGAAGAGUACGACUGGGCAGACAGUGCCAUUGUUGCCUUGGUGUGGAUGAUGACACUCUCUGGACCUAGCAGCCCACCGACAAUCCAUGAUCAUACAUCGUGUCGGUUCGACCAAAUCCAGUCGGCGGGCCGCAUAAACAUGGCCCCAAACGCUGCGCAAAGCGUAUUUGUCCUUCUUUGGAAACGAGCUGAAGACUCAUUCAACCAAGAUGCGAAACAGGACGCAGUAGAAUGGUGUCGUGCUGCACAACAUGGACUCUUCUCAAGCGGUGUACAAGUCGAGAAUGCUUGCAUAGUAGAGAGGAAGGUCAUUCAGUGUUACUUGGAGUUGUCUGACUUGGAUGCUGCUUCGAAAGCCUGGGAUGCCAUGUCAGUGGCGGGGAAACAACACUUCAUCAGUCGGUACCUUUACUAUUGUCUGACACUUCGAACGGGGGAUGAUGCCAACGUGAGGUCAGCAUUAAGCUCACUGGCGACGGCGCACGACGAUCGAAAUCGAAUCCUCUUCGUUGCAGUUACUGAGACCUUGCAACAUGGCACCAAUACUCAGGCGGCACAAUUACUUCAACGAAUAUUGGACAAGUACAGGGAGAAUCUUCCGUCGGAAGUUGAUGCCUAUGCUCUACUGAGGUUUACAGCUCGGCUUCUGAUCCUGGCUCUUUCCGAGACGAAUGACAUCCAUGAAGAGCUUCAUCUGAGACUUGGUGGAGUGUUCAAAUUUGCCUCGACACUAAGUCAAAAUACCUCCGCUGGAAAGGUCUUGCCAUUCCCAGAAUGCAGAUGGUUCCAGAAGAUGGCGUACAAUUGCGCAGUCCAGAAUCAUAAAACCUGGCCAGCAAGAUGUAUAAUAGACUUGUUGCAGUAUUCCUGUGAGCUUGCUCUCCCUUCUGAGAUUCAAGCAAGUCUCCGGCUCGAACAACUCAAGCAUCAAUUCGAUGCCAUGGCUCUGCAAGCAGUCCUCUACGUUGGUCAAGCGAGGUCGUCAUCCACAUCUUGGACGAUCGAAGACAUUCCGAAGACGUCAUACCUUAGCAAAUCGCCUCCAUCACAAGGGGAUAUCAAGAAGCUGCUUUAUCGGAACGGGUUUGACAGAUUCUUGAAGAUGCAGCUCAAGAUGCAGGAGUUGCCACGAGGUGAAGCCGGGACAGCAGAAGACACGAUGCGGAAAGUGAUUUCGAUAGCACCUCUCGCUUUCGAAGCGCUUCUAUUCAUGACAGCCACAGAUCCUGCAGCGAGUCACCAUGACCUCUCACUUCCCAGUCUAUUAGAUCAGAUCAUCGAACUUCAACCACCAAGGAAUACUUAUUCGUGCAUGGCGGAUAUGAUUCUGUCGGCCGCUUGUCCCUGCUCUGUAGCUGAUGCCGAGGGUACGGCGGUGGCGGCGGUGCCAUUGCCGACCUCGAGGGUGACCCAGCUACUCAUAAAGCUCAUCGAGGGGAUCAGCAAUCAACCCGACUACGACAUCUCGCAGGCGUCACGCUGGAUUCGCUGCGUCGUCCAAGUCGUCGUGGAUCGACACGGUGACGAGGUUCGAAUUCCAGGCACGGAAGAGGAGACUGGGUUGACCACAGUCCACGCCGUUGUGGAACAGGCUUUGAGUCUGGCUCGUUCGGUGGUGCCUCCAUGCUCUUCCACUUCGCAGCAUAAGCGAGCCACGGUACAAGCACCGCCAGGCCGCCAAGCAUAUCCGACGGAGGAGCUCGAAUGGCUAGCCACAACACUGUUCAAUCUCUCCAUCGACCUUUACGUAUCGACCGCCGAUGCCGAGGGUGAUGAUGGAAAUGUGGACCUUGAAGGAAAGCACGAGUCCGCCCGUGGACAGCACGCCGGCGACGACGACGACGACGGUGAAUACUUUGUGGAUUACAAACGGCCUCGAUUCUGGGCAAGAAAGGCCGUCGAAGUCGCCGACUUGUUGAGUGGGCACGACGGUCAACCGAACGGGGACGGGGGAAUGUUGUCAAGACUCUUACGAGAGAGAUGUCAAAGUAUAGGUUGGGAUGUGUAG